AUGGUGCCCGCACGUCAGAAAGUACGUGAUAGCUGAAGCACGACGGGUUGCACAUGCCGAGCAAUGGCGUGCGAGAGGCGGAUAUGUCAGCGGGGCAAGAACAAUCUAUGCUAAUCUAGCUCAAUUACAAGACCAUUUGAAACUUGCGCAUCCAUCUUUGUCCAGUGCACCUGCUUGCCGCCCUUAUAUAUAUCCGGCACUCCCUCUUCACACAUUCAGACCAAACACCAUCCAGCGAUACCCACAACCCUCGACCAAAUUAAGCCCUGCACCAUCACUGCUCCUCCGCAUCACUUCCCCAAACUGCAACCACAGUCUUCAAAAUGACCCACACAUACAAGUUCAACGUUGCCAUGAGCUGUGGCGGCUGCUCCGGCGCCAUCGAGCGCGUGCUCAGUAAACUUGACGGUGUUGAGUCCUUCAACGUCUCGCUCGAGACCCAAACCGCCGAAAUCACCGCUGCCGAUUCGCUCGACUAUGAGACGGUGCUCGAGAAGAUCAAGAAGACUGGCAAGACUGUAAAGUCUGGCGAGGCUGACGGCGAGGCCAAGGAGAUUUAAAUUGUGGAAUGAGAUAUAUUUCUGUUGGUGCGAGGAAUGGACAUCACGGUCGUCUUGUGCGCGAGCUCUACGCCGCCGCCACGACCCUCUACAUCUGGAGCAGUGUAUAGGCGCUGCGAAUGAAUCAAGGAUACCCUAAAUAUACUGUGUAUGCCACGAUA